CGAGCGAGAGGCUGAGAGAGUCGGAGACGCUAUCCGCUUCCAUCCAUCGCACAGACCCUGCCGGAGCCACUGCGGCUAUGGAUGAUCGGGAGGAUCUGGUGUACCAGGCGAAGCUGGCCGAGCAGGCUGAGCGAUACGACGAAAUGGUGGAAUCAAUGAAGAAAGUAGCAGGGAUGGAUGUGGAGUUGACAGUUGAAGAAAGAAACCUCCUAUCUGUUGCAUAUAAAAAUGUGAUUGGAGCCAGAAGAGCUUCCUGGAGAAUAAUCAGCAGCGUUGAACAGAAAGAAGAAAACAAGGGAGAAGACAAACUAAAAAUGAUUCGGGAAUAUCGGCAAAUGGUUGAGACUGAGCUAAAGUUAAUCUGUUGUGACAUUCUGGAUGUACUGGACAAACACCUCAUUCCAGCAGCUAACACUGGCGAGUCCAAGGUUUUCUAUUAUAAGAUGAAAGGGGACUAUCACAGGUAUCUGGCUGAAUUUGCCACAGGAAAUGACAGGAAGGAGGCAGCAGAGAACAGCCUGGUGGCUUAUAAAGCUGCUAGUGAUAUUGCAAUGACAGAACUUCCACCAACGCAUCCAAUUCGCUUAGGUCUUGCUCUCAACUUUUCUGUAUUCUACUAUGAAAUUCUUAAUUCCCCCAACCGUGUGCAGGUUGCAAAAGCAGCUUUUGAUGAUGCAAUUGCAGAACUGGAUACGCUGAGUGAAGAAAGCUAUAAGGACUCUACACUUAUCAUGCAGUUGUUACAUGAUAAUCUGACACUAUGGACUUCAGACGUGCAGGGUGAUGGUGAAGAGCAGAAUAAAGAAGCGCUGCAGGAUGUGGAAGAUGAAAAUCAGUGAGACAUAAAAGCCAACAAGAGAAACCAUCUCUGACCACCCCAUUCCUUCCCAUCCCACUCCCAUUGGAAAUUCCCCCAUUGUCACUGAGAACCACCAAAUCUGACUUUUACAUUUGGUCUCAGAAUUUAGGUUCCUGCCCUGUUGGUU